AGUGUAGCGUGUAGGGAAGAAAUUGAUAUCAACCAACGUAAGUCCACUUAGGCUUGGCUUUCCCCUUCUAUUGCCAAGUCCAGCUAUGUUCGCAUGCUGAGAAAUAAUCAUCAUGUUCCUUGCUGGUGUUCCAAAAUAGCAGGAUGAAUGAUAAAGAAUUUUUCGACGAAGGGGGAAAUAUUCACAGUAGUUACAGACUUUCGUACAAUGUGAUGGAAUUAUUCAUUGAAACAUUGACGGGGACUUGCUUCGAAUUGCGAGUCUCACCAUACGAAACAGUCAUCGCUGUAAAAGCUAAAAUUCAACGCCUGGAAGGAAUUCCUGUCUCCCAACAGUUUCUCAUUUGGAAAAACGUAGAAUUAGAAGAUGAAUGUUGCUUAAGAGAUUACAACAUUACUGAUGGUUGCACUUUAAAGUUGGUUCUUGCGAUGAGAGGCGGUCCAAUUAACACACGGAGAGUCAUCUCAAUGGAAGAGUCACGUGACCUUCCCGACCCUCUGGAUAACCCCGAGGAUUUAUUCGAUAAACCAACGACACCACAUAGUGGUGGAAAUGGCACAAAACAGGUGACACUUCUUGUCUACCGAGAUGGUGAUCAGCUGAAUUUCUUCCGCGUGGUGGAUCGUGGUGAUGGGACUUUAACUCCAUUCUCUGAAUCUCUAAGCGGAUCAGCCUGCAACCUCCAUGAAGAGGAAGAAGAGGAGAUCGCUCUUCCCUCAUCUAAACCUCCAGCUUUAAGUGUGGCGCAGAUGGUGGAGAACAACAUCACCGCUUCCAAGAUGAAACAACUUCGAACAAACAUGGAAAACCUCAUGAUCGCUCCACAACCAAAUAAGGUAACAUCAGUGAUGAAACCAAAACCACCUUCAAUGCCAAGAAAACUUGAUGGAACAACAAUGAAAAGAUAUUCUCAGCAGCCAAAACCCCUUAAAUUCAAACCCCCAACCCCAGCCGCUCAUGCGGAACCACAAAACAAAAACCGAACAUCAGAAAUGAUGAGGUCACUCAGUAAUGAAGAUGCACCAGCCACCGUUAGCGAACCACGUCAUUCUAGAUUACGUUGCUUUCGUAACGUAACAGACACAAAUAAUGAUUUGGUAACUUCUGAGAAAAAAGUUUCUGAAGAUAUAAAAGAAACAAACCAAGCAACUGCUAAUACACAGGAUGCAACUGAGGGCAGUGGCCGUUUUAGUCCAAGGACGCGUCGGUUGUUGAAUGCUUUGGAAUCCGAUUCUUAUCAACGGCGUUCCUACUUAAUGCCAAGACCCCGCCAGUUAUCAGGCAUGACGUACAACAGACACGACAUGUACUUGCGUUCAUAUGGACUUCUACCCUCACCAGAUCAAUUACCUCCAAUGCCCACCAACCAUGAACCCUCGUCUCCAAGGAAUCAAGAGGAAGUUGACAUGGCUACAAAAGUUUUUGAGACUAACCAAGGUGUGAAGUAUAGCACCCUUGAUGGUUACCCUAUCCCCCCGUACUGGGCAGGGGGCGGCAACGGGGUCCUAAAAAGCCCCAUUUGGGAGCAGGGCCAGCCUGUUGCAGAUGGUUGCAAGAGUGGAAAAACUGUUGCGGGAAAAUUAGGAACGACUCAAAGAUCUUCCGCGGAGGGUGGUGCGUUUGGUUUCACCAUUCCUGAGAGUCCGAUCCGGAAGUUGGAAGAUCAAGGAGCAAGGUCCAAGUUAUCAAAAUCUGCUCUUCGGAGUCGUAGAUUUACUCCUGAACCUCCGAAGACGAUGGAACAGAAACCAAGCCGACAUCGAAAGUUGGUGAGAGGACAAAACGUGUCUGGUUUACCACCAACCACACGUAGUGAUGAACCUACGACUCCUUUAAGGCAAUCCUAUAAGAAAAAUAACAUCAUUAAGGAGUCUCAUGCGCGUGUCGAGACGAUGUCUAAGCAAGAAGCACGAGAAGUGGUUGAUUUCAUCAACAAAGCAGUUGAUGCCAACGUGCUUCGGAAUCUUGUAAGAAGUCCAACUAAGGACAACCAGAGAGGCAGCAGCGGACAGAGUGGCCAUAGGUUACCCAGUUCCAAUAUACAUUACACAGACAAACGUCAACCUAUGAAGUCUCCACAUGGUAGUGCUUACAUGAGACUUGCCCCUUCAUGCACUUCCCCCACUGCUGUGCGACCACCAUCAAUAUUACCCCCUGUAAAACAUACUAGCAAGAAGAAAAGGUGCUUUUUGUGUGGAAAGCGUACUGGUUUAGCAACCAGUUAUACGUGCAGAUGUGGGAACAAUUUCUGUGCCAGUCACAGAUAUGCAGAAGCACAUGAUUGCACAUAUGAUUAUAAAACUGCUGGUCGUAAAAUCCUUAAAGAAGCCAACCCCUUGGUCAGCGCGCCAAAGUUACCCAAAAUCUAAGCCCGAAAAGUUUCAAAAAUUAUGUAAAACUCCUGACAGUGUUUAUAAGCGCAACUGCCAAAUUGCUUGGCUGCUUUUACACACAGUUGGUUUUUAUAUGAGGUAAAAUUAUGUUUGGUGUGAUGUUUCAUUUUAUUGCAACACUGUGAUUUAGAAUACAAAAACAUGCUAUUGA